UGAAUUGCUGGGUAGGAUAUUUCUAGGCUGGGGCCAUAAGACAGUUCUGCAAUCUUCAGCUCGUGCUGGGUGCUCUUGCAUCUCGGAUUUGCUAUCAGCAACCAACACCAUGUCCUCCAGUACGUUAGUGCUCCUGCAGCUCCUAUACCUUAUUAGCCUUAUCCUACCAGCCUUCUCUGCCAACGAUGACAACCAAUUCGCCUACUCUGGCUUCUCUGGUGCUAACCUGACCAUGGAUGGUGCAACUAUCACAUCAGGUGGCCUCCUAGAGCUCACCAAUGGCACAGUCCAGCAGAAGGGCCAUGCAUUCUACCCGGUCCCGUUGCGCUUUGUCCGAUCACCCAAUGGAUCAGUGCUCUCCUUCUCGGCAUCCUUCGUAUUCGCCAUCCUAUCUGUCUACACUGAUCUAAGUGCUCAUGGCAUGGCCUUCGUCAUUGUGCCAAGCAUGAACUUCUCAGCUGCGUUGCCUGGCCAAUUCCUGGGCCUCGCCAACAUCCAGAGCAACGGCAAUAGCAGCAACCAUUUCUUCGCUGUCGAGCUCGACACCAUCCAAAACAAGGAGUUUGGCGACAUCAAUGCAAACCAUGCCGGCGUCAACAUGAACGGUCUCCGAUCAGAGCAGUCCUACUACGCCGGCUACUACGAUGACAAGGAUGGUAACUUCCAUAACUUGAGCCUGAUUAGCCGUGAGGCCAUGCAGGUGUGGGUGGACUACGAUAGCAACAACACGCAGAUCACUGUGGCCAUGGCUCCCAUCAAGGUUGCGAGACCCAUGAAGCCAUUGUUCACAGCCAGCUACAACCUCACAUCUGUGAUUACAGAUGUUGCGUAUGUUGGUUUCUCCUCUGCAACUGGCACAAUCAACGUGCGGCAUUGUGUACUCGGCUGGAGCUUUGCGAUAAAUAGUCCUGCUUCAGCCAUUAACUUAGGUAAGCUACCAAAGCUGCCACGCAUGGGCCCAAAGCCACGAUCGAAGGUAUUGGAGAUUGUUCUACCAGUAGCAACGGCAAGUUUUGUCCUUACUGUGGGCAUUAUUGGUCUUGUACUCAUACGAAGGCAUAUGAGGUAUACAGAACUGCGCGAAGAUUGGGAGGUUGAGUUUGGACCGCACCGGUUCUCUUAUAAGGAUCUGUAUCAUGCAACUGAAGGAUUCAAGAAUGAGAAUCUGCUGGGUGUAGGAGGAUUUGGGAGAGUAUAUAAGGGUACCCUUCCAGUGUCAAAAUUGGAGAUUGCAGUAAAGAGGGUGUGUCAUGAAUCAAGGCAAGGAAUGAAGGAAUUUGUUGCCGAGAUUGUUAGUAUUGGUCGUCUCCAACACCAUAAUCUCGUGCAAUUACUUGGCUAUUGUAGAAGAAGAGGUGAGCUGUUCUUAGUGUAUGACUACAUGCCAAAUGGAAGUGUUGACAAAUACAUACAUAGUAUAGAGGGAAAAACCAUUCUAACUUGGGCCCAAAGGUGGCAUAUCAUCAAAGGCAUUGCAUCUUGCUUGGUCUAUCUCCACGAAGAGUGGGAAAAAGCUGUUAUCCAUCGGGACAUAAAAGCUAGUAAUGUUCUUCUUGAUGGCGAUAUGAACGGACGACUUGGUGACUUUGGCCUUGCAAGAUUGUAUGAUCAUGAUGAUGACCCACAAACCACGCAUGUGGUUGGAACAAUAGGAUACCUAGCUCCAGAACUAGGACACACUAGCAAGGCGACCCCUCUUACUGAUGUAUUUGCUUUUGGCAUGUUUGUUCUCGAGGUUGCCUGUGGGCAGAGACCCAUCAAUCAAAGUUCACUUGAUAGCCAAACGAUGUUAGUUGACUGGGUGCUUGAGCAAUGGAACAAAGGAUCACUAGUCAGUACAGUGGAUAGCAGGCUUGAAGGAAAUUAUAAUGUUAGAGAGGCAGUUUUAGCUAUAAAUCUUGGACUUUUAUGCUCUCACCCUUUUGCUAAUGCAAGGCCUUCUAUGCGGCAGGUCAUUCAUUACCUUGAUGGUAGCAUUCCAUUACCAGAGAUGUCACCAACAGAUUUGAGCUAUCAUAUGAUGACAAUAAUGCAAAAUGAAGGGUUUGACGAGUACAUCAUGACAAGUUCAUCGAUGGUAAGCAAUGGCACUGCAUCUGCCAUUUCAAACGGAAGAUGACAUGAAUUAUGGUCAUCAGAUAUGAAUGCACUGUUCUUUUCUUACUCCUUUUGUAAAAACUGCUUUCCUUGUAUACAGAAGGAUCUUUUUGCUAGGUGAGAAUUGUAUGUGAUUGUAAGUUUUUACAAUAUUUGUGUAAAAACAUGUAAACAGUUUGUUUAUAAUGAAUUUAACUAUUUUUAUACAUAA